AGCUACUCCCAGCCUAUUCCAGCAGGGCCCUGGUUCAUUUAGCUCGCUUCGAGCAGCGCCCAGUCCAUAGUCCGAAACAAAGCUGAUACAUGCGCAAAAUCAGUGGCCCGGAGGCAAUCUCUUCCGCCAGAAGAGGGGCCAGAUGCGACCAGGCUGGCUUUUAACUUUAAUUAUUUCCUUCUUUUUCAUUUCCCUAUUUUGCUGGGCAAGUUUGCUCCGUAUUUCGUUGAGCGGAGGACGGACUGGUAUGUGCGCGCCUUGUAUGAACGUCAGCGCGUGCGUCAUCACAACGGGGAGAGAGCUCAUGUCGCACCAUGUAGGUGCAUGCAAAAGCGCCCACACCAGGCGCAAGCUUCGUUAUCGUGACUCUUUUCAGCGUUUGUUGAUGCUGGGACAUCACAAUCUGAUCAUAGCUAAGGUAGGUAGGUAGUUUCAUUUCUCCAGCAUUACUCGCAUGGCCGCAGGCAUCUGGCACGUGAGUUGGCGUGGUGAGUUUGCACAGAGAAGGUGCGGAAACCGGAGAAUGUU